GACGGGCCUGCUGACGAUGAUAAACCACUUCCCGCCGCUGCAACCCUCCCGCGCCACAAUCCCCGAUCGCAAAAUACAUACUUCCGCCGGCCGUCAUUGAAGAUCUUUGAUUCCAAUUCAACUUCGAAUUCGAGAGGCUCACUGCGGAGUCCAGAUCGAUUCGUGCCAAGGAGGAGGCCUGAUCUCGAUUCUGUCAUACAAAGUUUUCGUGCAAACAAGGAACCCAACGCUCUGUCAACUGAAGAGAAACUGCUCAGACACAAAGAUGUCAGCCCCGAUGCCUUCAAUCCUCGCAGACGAAUUUCGUCUCCAAUUCCUCAAGCAAACAGACCAAUUUCCCGACGAAACUACUCUGGAAGACGGAGUGGUAGUGGAAGCGUUCUUGCUUUCCAGAGAGAUCCAGCGGGUCCCAACGGAGAAAGGCAAGUAAGUGUCGGCACAAUAUGGAGGGUAGGCGGACUUGCCCCUCCCAGCUUUGGAGUCCCAAAUGGGCGAGGGGGUCGACUUGGCAGCGGAACAAAUGCUCCUCUUUACACGACUUCAUUUUCGGCAUCACGACCAAAAGGACAGGAAGAGUCUGAGAAUCAUGAGAAUCGUCUUGCUCAUGCUCUUGAGUUGGACCGAGUUUCCAGAGUGCUUGAAUUUCGGGACUUUUCUACCUCUCCGCAGAAACACCUUACGCUGAAAGAGAGACAGACCGAACUAGAGUCGAAAACUACUUGGACUGGUACUGAAUGGGUCAUGGGACCGACCGAUCAUAUGUUGGAUGCUCCGAAUCUUCGAGAUGACUUCUACUGUUCUGUCCUUGCGUACUCACCUACUUGUCAUACCCUCGCUGUCGGCCUUGGUCCCCUACUCUAUGCAUGGUCCGAGAUGCAAGGUGUGCAUCUCCUCAACGGUGGAACCGCAAGUGGAGCCUGGCUUACCUCCAUUGCAUUUUCUUCAACUCAAGGAUGCAGAUCCAUCUUGGCUUUCGGUAGAUCUGACUGCUCCUUAACUCUCAUGUCUCUUUAUGACAGCAUGCUACCACGUUUCGAGGUUCAGCAGCCCUGCCCUAUUGCAUGUGUUACAUGGAGACCCCAUACCACGAUGCGACCCUCUCGUUGCCCUCUUACGAGUGGAAUACCUGUUAAGACCGAGGAUCUUCUCGUCGGAGACGAGGUUGGAAAUAUUUACUAUUAUUCUGUCGAAUGGCCGGAGGCGUGGGAAGUCACCCGAAACGGGUGGUCCGGUUCGAUGACUCUCCUUGCCCGAAUCAUGGUUCAUACGCAGCAGAUCUGCGGUCUCGCGUUUUCCAACGAUGGCUCUAUGUUUGCAACUGGCGGAAACGACAACCUCUGCUGCCUCUUCCAGACCAAUAAAGUGCUUCAUAGCACUCGAGAGGAAGCUCAGGUUGCCGAAGAGGUCUUCAUCCAAGCAGAUGGCAUGCGACGUGUCCACACCAUUGUUGGCCAAGGAGGCGUCAAAGAAGUCAAACUAGGCUCCGAGAAACAUCGCUGGGCGCACGGAGCAGCAGUCAAAGCAAUCGCAUUUUGCCCCUGGCGAGAUGGGCUCGUCGCCACAGGCGGUGGUAGCAACGACAAAUGCAUUCAUUUCUACCACGCUUCCUCCGGCGCCUGCCUCGCAACAAUCAGCGUAGCCGCGCAGGUAACAUCUCUGAUCUGGUCAACCACCCGUCGUGAAAUCGCUGCAACCUUCGGAUACGCGCAGCCCGAGCAUCCCUACCGCAUCGCCGUCUUCUCGUGGCCGGAAUGCAAGCAAGUUGCUGCCAUACCCUGGGACGGCGAACAUCGUGCGUUAUAUGCAAUCCCGUAUCCUGGGGGCCCGAACGAGAGUCAGACGAGUCGAGAAGGGGGCAGAGGAUUGAGUCGCACGGCGCAGGAAGGGUGUAUCGUUGUUGCAAGCAGUGAUGAGAGUGUCAAGUUCCAUGAGGUGUGGACAGCGGGGCAGAAGACGACGGCUGGUGGGGAAGGGCUGCUGGGUGGUAGUGAUAUUCUUGAGGGGCUGGAGGGGAUUGAUAAGGAGGGGGAGGUCAUUCGAUAG